AUGGCCUUCCGCAUCACCUUGAGAGGCAUCUUCCGCUGCUUCCGGAAGCUUCUCUCCAUCUUCUUCACGCUCCUCUUCUGCGACCUCCUCCUCCGCAUAAGCUUCGUCCUCCUCUUCUUCCUCCUCCUCCCCUUCUUCAUCAUCUACGACCAUGUGAUCCCUUCCAUCGUCUUGUUCGCCAGGUCGACUCGGCCCAUCUUGGACACCUUCUUCGGGCGGCUGCUUCCCUCGCUCUUCGCCUUCGUCCUCUCCCUGGUCCCUCCCAUCCUCAUCUUCUUCUUCACAAAGAGGAUCCUAAUACCGGUCUCCAUCAAAAUCUUCCAGCUCACAUGGUAA